AAAGUAAACGAGCACAUGAAUUGUUAGAGCCGAUACCAUACAAUAGGGGUGAUCGUGAGCUUAUUGCAAAAGCUGAAGAACAAUUGCUGAAUACAUUAUCAUUGCUUGAAGCUUUAGCAGAUGGUUGA